AUGACCGCCAUCCCCGUCUCGCGCCUGCGCCCGCCGAACGUCUCGAUCCUCUUCGGCGUCGCCGCGCCACCCGCCGAGGACGACGCGCGCGCGAUCGACCGCCGCGCCCGCGCGUCCCCGCCCUGCCUCCUCGUCGAGCUCGCGCUCCGACCUUCUUCGUCCGCCGCGGGAGAGACCGCGGUCGAGGGCGGCGGCGGGAGGGUGACCCUCGCGCAGCGCGCGUGCGCGCCGCGCUGGGAGUUCCUCUUCCGGCUGGACGCGCGCGAGGCGGCGACGAGCCGCGGCGUCGUCACCGUGCUCGAUCCGUCCGUCCGUUCCCACCGCGGCGGCUGCGUCCUCGCCAGGGUCGAACUCCCGACGCUCCCCGCGGUUCGAGGGGGCGGCGGGUCAGGAGGAGGAGGGCUUCCCGCGACGCGAGUCGACCCGCCGGUGGCGCCCUCGACCGUCGCGUGCCCCGUCGCGUCCCCAUCUCCUUCGCGGCUUCACCUCCUUCCUUCCCCCGCCGCCCCGCUCUGGGUCGAUCGAGCCGAGGCGCUCGUGCGCGACCCCCCGCGCGCGCUCGCCCUCUCGCGCGUCGUCCAGCUGCUCCUCCUCCUCGACGUGUGCGUCGUGGCGCUCUUCGUGCUCUUCGCCGGGAGGUCGAGGCGGCGCCGGCGGUCGAGGGUGGAGAUGGAGGACGAUCUCGCCGACGACGUGGACGCGGCGCCGGAGACGCGCGCGAGGUCUCGCGCGGCGAGUCCGACGGCGAUGGCGACCUCCCACCCCUCCCCUUCCUCCCUUUCCCUCUCCUCCUUUUCCUCCUCUUCGGAGAGGGGAACGACCGCCCUGCGCCGCGCGGAGGAGGAGGUCUUUCCCGACGACGAUCCCCCGUCGCCCUCUUUCCUACCGACCGCCACCCCGCCGCGGUGGACCAUCGUCGCCGACGUCGACGCCCCGUGCGACCCACACGAACGACGCGACUGGUCCAUCUCCGCGGUCGUCCGUACGGAUUUAACGCACGGGGGAGUUCAAGAAACGGACCUGGUGACGGCGUUUCUCGCGGCGCCGCCUCGCCCGUGCGGCCGGGACAGAAACCUCGAUCCGAGCCUCGAAGCCGCCGCUUUGGACCGCGACGUGUCUUUCGAAGACGACGAGGACGCCGGGGUGUCGUCGGCGGACGACGACGAGGACGGCCUGCUGUGCCGAGAAGCGCGAGUCGUCGUUCCGGUUCCGGUCCCGGCUGAAAAAUCAAGACGCAAGUCGCCGGCGUUCCGCGUGAAGAUGUGGGGUCGGUCCAUGCCCGGCGCCACCGCGCGGCUGCUCCUGCGCGACCUACGCGCGUGCGCGCAGUUCGCGGGCGCGACGAUGCGAACGUUCGCCCCGGGAACUUUCGAGUCGCCCGGGAACCCGAGUCUGCCUCUGUCCGUCGCGCCGGCUGUGGCUGUUCCGGGGACUGCGGCGUCGGCUCCGGCGGGUGUCCCUACGAUGGGCUCGGCGGCGGCGGCGGCGGCGCGCGGCGGAGGUCGACGCGGGUGGGCCGCGGCGAUGCGCGAGUUCGCGGCGCCGCCCGCGACCGCCGCCGACGCCGACGCGACGGAUCUAUUCCGCCGUGAAGGGUGGGAGGGCAGCCGGCGGGACAGCAAGGGGAGGCUGGCGAAGAAAAGCGGGGCGAAGCCGGCGGGGCGGUGA